AUGAGCAACGGCGCGCCGAGUGCGGACGCGAAGAGUGGCGAUGGCAGGGCGAGCGACGGCGGUCGCGAUCGCGCGAUGAGCCGCGGCUGGAUGAGCUGCGACGGCGCGAUGAGCGUUGGCAAGGUGAGCAAUGGCCGCACCAUGACGGGCGGCAAGACGAGCGGCGCGGCUACAACGACUCUUGGUGCAGAGGUCGCGAGCAGCGAUGGCACGCUGAGCCACAAUGGCCCGCUGAGCCAUGGCGCGACGAGCCAUGGCGAGGCGAGCAACGGCCGCAUCAUGACGGGCGGCAUGACGAGCGGCGCGGCUACGACGAUCGGGGCAGAGGCGAGCACGAGCGCGACUGGCACGAUCGGCGCGAUGACCGGCGCGAACGCGGCGAGGGGCAGCCACAGCACAGCGGGACGCCGCGACGCACGAAUGCGCAAUGAGCGCCCCUCGUUUAGCCGCUCUGCUGCCUAUGGUCAGCUCAAUGCUAAGCAGCUCAGCAGCCACAUCUCAAAUGCUGGCAGCGCUGACGCAUUGCUCGCGCUCUCUGCUGCCCACAGCACGAGCUUGGACCACAUCCACGCUGCGAACCUGUGGAACAAACUGGGCAAGCAGCGCAUCGAGCGGCGGCACGAGGAGCGGCUUGAGCAGCUGGCCGCAGCAACACCAGAGCAUCCAAGUUACCUCGCAGGUUGA